UCCCGUCACUUUUUAGCAUUAGCAGUAGCAGAGAAGAGAGAGAGAGAGGUUGGUUGGGCCAAGAAGCCUGCUGAUGAAAUUGUCCCGCAAACUCAGAUCUGGUCCAGUUUCUGGCCCAUUUCACGCAGGCUUUUGUUUGCUACUGUGUUGAAUCUCUGUGUCGUCUCUCUCUCUCUCUCUCUCUCCUCUGUGUGCCCGCGUCUUCUCUCCUCGAAUCCCCAAACCAAACCCUAAUCUCUCCCCAACACUGAACCGCCAACUCGAUUUUUGAGAGAAGAGGGAAAAGGGUUGUAACUCUACUCCAUCAGAGGUUUGAGUUUAGAAGAGCGUGGAGAAGUGAAAGAGCAAGGACAAGCAAAGUGGAGCGAGAGUGGGGAUCUAGAAUAACAAAGUGUUUGGCCCUAGGGGGUAAAAAAAUGUGGAGCUUGUAAGAGGGCUGUUACAUGCAACAAUCACCGCUGGGCUGCCAGUUCCAAAUAUCAAGUACAUUAAAGCUUGCCUUUGCAACCAGAUUGGAAUCUGAAGUAGAGAAAGCUCUCGAUAUAUUGUGGUUAUGGGGCUACGAGGAGUGGGACUCGGGAAAUAACAGAGGGAAACUUAUUGUUCCUGAUUAGACUGCGUUACCUUCCCCAUUCUCAUCGUCUUGAAAUAGGGAAUGUUUGAUCUUUUCUUCAUUAUUUAGUUCCUGUACGAAAGUCCCACGGAGUUGAAGACCUUAUAUCAGAACAUAUGGUUGUCUAGUUGUUUGUGACAUUGUACCCUGGUUGAAAAUGGCAUUUUAUUCUGAGGAGCGAACUGAGGAUUACCUUUUCAAGAUUGUUUUGAUUGGUGAUUCAGCUGUUGGGAAAUCAAACUUGCUUGCUAGAUUUGCAAGGGAUGAGUUUUAUCCUAAUUCAAAAUCAACCAUAGGAGUAGAGUUCCAAACUCAGAAAAUGGAUAUCAAUGGGAAGGAAGUUAAGGCACAGAUCUGGGACACAGCUGGUCAGGAGCGAUUCAGGGCUGUUACAUCUGCGUAUUACAGGGGUGCAGUGGGAGCUCUUCUGGUCUAUGACAUCAGUAGACGUCAGACAUUUGAUAGCAUUAGCAGAUGGCUUAACGAACUUCACACUCACUCUGACAUGAAUGUAGUUACAAUACUAGUUGGGAACAAGUCUGAUCUUAAAGAUGCAAGGGAGGUUUCAACAGCCGAAGGCAAGGUCUUGGCUGAGGCACAGGGUUUGUUUUUCAUUGAAACUUCAGCCCUGGAUUCGUCCAAUGUAGCCACUGCAUUCCAGACAGUUGUAAGAGAGAUCUACAAUAUUUUGAGCCGAAAAGUAAUCCAAAGUCAAGAGCUCAAGAAACAAGAUCCUACAUGGAUGGGGAACGGAAAGACUGUUGUUUUACAGGGAGAUGGGAACCAAGAAGUAGAUAAUCAAACUAAAAAAAGUUGGUGGUGUUGUUCAUCCUAAAGUAGAUAAUUAAACCACCACCCUUUUUUGCUGCACAGCUGGUUCUCCCAAGCCCAAAUUUGUAACUUCUUAAAGUUUGACAUUUGUUGCCCCUCAUGUAAUUCAUUUUUUGUUGAAUCAACAAAAUUUUUUUUUUUUUAUUUAUUUGUUUAUAUUUUUUUUGGGUUCCUUUUUGGGGCUGCGAGGAGAAAGCGGAGUAGAAAAUGUAAAUGUCUUGAAGGAGAUAAAAGGAUUUUUCUAUAAUGUCGAAUAUUUUUCAGUGUAUGACUUCUUUGACUUUUUUUGUUCUCCAGGCCAUUUUUGUUUCCUUU